CGGUCACCCGACCACGGUUCGAUUGUCGCUUGAUAACGAGAUUUCGCGUUCAGUCGAAGUUGCUCAAGAAUCAAAACAGACUGCUAUCCGUGAACUUUAUGGUUUCCCUCGUAACCCGCACCACCGUGUUCGAACUCGAUGGAAAACGAGAAUGUGCAACCAAUGUGCAACAACAUCGUUAUGUUGACGGUCCUUUAUUGUACCAAGUCUUGCAUCAUCAACGCCCGACUUACCGAAAAUCCGACGCCGAGCAUCCCGCAACGCUUUUGUUCAACAGCAUUCCGAAGCGACAGACUCUAGAACCCUCAAAUUGUCGAGUGCUACCGAUUAUAGGGCGGCUAUAGACACGCCGAAACAUGAACGUUGAACCUCCAUGCGUGUGUCUGACCUUCGGCCUGCGGCCUGCCUUAACCUCUCUUUGCCGUAGAUAUGACUCCUCGAUUGGCACCAAACUCGUAUGCGUGCCUGCACCGCCGACUUUUCUCGAGUGAGCUGGACAUCCAAAUCACAUCCGAAUUGGAGUUCUGUGACGUCCUGAUCCUCUCCCUUCUCGCAAAGACUAAUUCAAUAUGACUCAUCCUCCAUUCUGCAUGCCCAUCCCAGUGACAGCAAUCAUUUUGGGGUGGGCAUUAGCAGAUGUCUCGCUGGAAAUAUCUACGCUGGAAAGCAGAAUUAGCUUCCUUAAGCGGUGGCGUUAAUGCGUACCGGUGGCCAAACGACUAGUACUCCUGGAACUCGAAGCGAGGUCCCAUUGGCUCUCCUCUUCCGUUUAACGACACUUGAACGAGAGUUCAACUACGUUCCAUCGCACACGUUCAUGUCACUUUAAUUCGCAUGUAGGUGGCGCUACCCAUUAUUGACACCGGGCGAAACGUCUGCCAUCUCGGUUCGAUUCCAUUUCCGCUGUCGCCCAUGAGCUUACGAAAAUGCUCCACAAUGACUCCACUCUGCCUGGAGAGGAGGAGGCCGAGGAAACCAUUCUACUGGACGCUAGAAUAGCACGCUCUACCACGAAUACCAAGAAAUCCUCAAAACUAGCUGUUGCCGCACAACAAUUCUCGCUUUGCAGUAUUCAAGCAACUUUUUUCAUCGAGUUUGAGUGCAAGCUUUAAAUGAAAUCACGAUGUUCCGGAUACGGGUCCUCCUGGUUGUGGAGUAACAAAUGGCGCACGACUUUUGAUUUAUACAUUGACUUACGCGACGCGAAGCGAAGCAUAUGCUCAAAAUGUGCAGAUCGAAGUCAGCUGUGAGCUGGCAAACACUGCCGGAGGUUACCAUAGGGUGAUCGUUUUCCACACAAGCGCACAUACCCAACAUGCCCAGAAACGACCGGAGGUGAUUGUUCGAGUAUAAAGCGCAGGAAACCUUUCGCAGUUCUUUGCUCAGUCCCUACUCCCACCGGAUCAGUGGGACUCGCUCGCCCCUUCACCACCCAGUGAGCCCGCCAACAUGUUGUUCUCUGUACCACUCGCAGUCGCUUUCGCCAGUUCUGCUGUUGCAACUCCGUUGACACCUGCCAGCGGAGUCACGGUCAAGGUCAUGGGUCCUACAGCGGGAAGCGUAGACUCUGUUGACCAGCUCAGAUUCACGGCUGAAAUCACCAACAACGGUGCAACGGCAGUGAAGGUACUGAAAUACGGAACUGUUCUCGAUAGCCUCCCCACUCGUUCUUUCACCGUCACCACCAAGAACGGGACCGCCGUUCCCUUUGUUGGUGCCAAGCUUUCUGUGGCCUUGAACAACGACAAUGCCUUUACCACUAUUGAGAGUGGACAUACAGUCACAGUCUCUCAUGAAGUUGCGUCCCUUUUCGACUUCGCUACUGCCGUCCCUGGCACUUUCUCUUUCAUCCCCAUCUCUGACUUCAGGAUGGUUGGUGACCAAGCGAAACUUGAACAUCCUACGAAGAUGAACAGUCUUUCUGUUUCAUCUGAUGCAAUCGAAGUUGAAGUUAAGAACGUCGGAAAGAGGGAAAUCAAGCGCUCAACACCUGUAUGUGAUGACGCACAACGCAAAUCGUUCAUCCAGGCCAGUUACACCGAGGGCAAAGCGCUUGCCUCAUUGGCUUCUGACUUUAUUGGCUCCAACGGGGGUAACUCUUUGGUCAAGGGAUACUUCAGCGGCGGCGGUUCUUCAGCUGCCCGUAUCUUUGGCCAGGUUGCAAGUGAAAAUGACAAUAAGAGAACUUUGAGCUGCACAGAUGAGGCCAACGCUUGCGAUGGAAACGUUGUCGCCUACACCAUUAUCUCUACCACUGACAUUUACUACUGUGAUAUCUUCUUCAAUGAGGUGGAUAGCGACGAGCUCUGCGGUAGUACCACCCCUGCAGAUCGCAACAUCCGUGGCGGAACUACCCUUCACGAGUUGACUCACGCCCUCGCUGGCACCGAGGAUAUCACCUAUGGAUGCGACAAUGACCAGGCUCUUUCUGCAUCUCAGCAGCUAAACAAUGCAGAUAACUUCAACUGCUUCGCUACUGAGGUAUACGCUUCGACGCAGUGCUGA